AUGAGCAUUCGGACUGGAGAUAUCAGGAAAGGUAUCCAGCUGGCGCGUGACUUGCAUGGACGAGUGGUGAAGAGAGAUUGUGCGAUCAUACUUGAACAACUCAAGCAAUACGGUGAGGCAGCCGAUCUGUACGAGCUUGGUCAAUUCUAUGAUCGCGCAGCAGCUGUGCUGCAUGAAGGCAAAAGCUUGGUUGGCGAACUUCUACCAAAGGUUCGAUCUCCAAAAAUUCAUGCACAGUACGGAAAGAUAAUGGAGGCCGAGAAGCGCUACAAGGAAGCGGCCGUGGCAUACCGAAACGCUCGAGAUUACGACAAUCUGGUUCGGAUGCUUUUGGACCAUCUGAACAUGGCCGAAGAGGCGGUGAAAGUCGUUCGAGAAAGUCGAAGUGUUGAAGGAGCGAAACUGGUUGCGAAGUUCUUCUCCCAACUGGGUGACCACGCAUCUGCUAUCCGUUUCUUAGUGUUGAGUAACUGCCAUCAGGAAGCAUUUCAACUUGCCGAAACGACAGACCACAUGGCGGAGUAUGCGGACUCCGUGGAGGCUGACGGCGCUACCCAAGAUCAAAUGGCUCAACUUGCCGAGCAUUUCGCUGGAGUUGGAGAUGCCCAUAACGCUGGACGGUUCUAUCUACGUGCAGGACACUAUCGAGCUGCACUAGAGUAUCUUAUGGCAUGUGGUGAGAACCAUGAGUCACUCGUGUUGGCUAUCGAAUGCGUGGCAGCUGCUGGUGACAAUAAGCUAACGGCCAGACUUACCGACUAUCUCAUGGGCGAGGUCGACGAUAUACCGAAGGAUGCCAAAUAUCUAUUCCGACUAUAUGUCGCCCUUGGAAUGACUAGAGAGGCUGCAACGACGGCAGUGGUGAUCGCACGUCAAGAACAGGAACGUGGAUCAUACACAGUCGCACGAAAUGUCCUUUUGGCUAUGUAUCAGGAGCUGGUAGAGAAACAGAUCAAAGUUCCUUAUGAUAUGCAGAAUAGCUUAAUGAUAAUACACUCCUAUCUGAUUGUUAAGAGCUUGUUGAGAAGAAACGAAACCCUGAGGGCAGCUAGAAUGCUGAUUCGUACAACGGCCAACAUCAGUCGAUUUCCAGCGCGUGAGUUAUUAGUUUCCAAAAAUAUAUCACAAUUUUUUUCAUACCCCCACUAUUUACCUCUAAUGAAUCCCACUACUCUUAAAUGA